AUGAGGAUCCACAGCCUCAUCCUGCUGGCCUUCCUCCUCCUGGCCACUCAGGUGCUCUUGGUGGAAGGCAAAAAGGAAGCAAAGAAUAGAGGUGUCCACAGAGCCACCACAGAUAAAACGUAUACUCCAGGCAAACCCCAGACUGAGCAGAGAAGCCAGCCACCCAAGCACCUGACCAAAGGCAAGUUUGUCACCCAAGACCAAGCCGACUGCAGAUGGGUGGUCACCCAGAAGGAGGAGGACAUUGUUCUGAAGGUCGAUUGCACACGACAGGAUGACAAGUUUUCCUGUUCCUUUACUGGCAACCCAACCGCAUGCCUGGAGUCGAGCAAAAAGGGCGUCUAUUGGAAACAAAUUGGCCGGAGCCUGCGCUCUCAGAAGGCCCUGUGUAGGGACUCCAAGAGCAUCCUGAAGACCAGAGUGUGCAGGAAAAAGUUUCCAGAAUCCAAUCUGAAGCUGGUAAACUCUACUCUCAUUAAGAAGAAACCCAGCCAGGAGUCAAUGGAGCCCUCUCCCAGGGAGCAGAGCUCGGUCAAUGAGGCCUCCAUCAUGGAGCCUAACAAGGUCAAAGAGAACACCCUCUCUGGCCCAGAAGAGUCCAAGACCAUGGACUUGAAUGAUCUUGAGUGUAUAGAGGGCCAAGACAUGGCGAACCAGAAGAAGGUAGCCCUGGAAUACUGUGGGGAGUCCUGGAGCUCUUGGUGCAAGUUCUUCAUCACCAUGGUGCAGGGUGAUUCAUGCUAA